AGCCCGCGAGGCGCUAGGGCCGCGCUGGGGAAUGGACGAGGGGAAGAUGGACGAGAAUGAAUGGGUGUACCACGGCGAAGGCAACAAGAGCCUGGUAGUGGCCCACGCUCAGAUGUUUCAACAGAUGGCUGCAGUGCUGUGAGUGCUCACUCAUCUAUGCCAACAAAUUUGGAGGACAGCUUCCUGGCCAGCUGACUGGAAGAGAUCCAUGUUCAUACCCAUUCCAAAGAAAGGUGACCCAACAGAAUGCGGAAACUGUCAAACGAUAUCGUUAAUAUCACGCACGAGUAAAAUUUUGCUGAAGAUCAUUCAAAAGCAGUUGUGGCAGUACGUUGACAGGAAACUGCCAGAAAUUCAAGCCGAAUUCAGAAGAGAACGUGGAAUGAGAGAUAUCAUUGCUGAUGUCAGAUGAAUCCUGGCUGAAAGCAGAGGAUACCAGAAAGAUGUUUACCUGUGUUUGAUUGACUAUGCAAAAGCAUUCAACUAUAUGGAUCAUAAUAAAUUAUAGAUAACAUUGUGAAGAAUGGGAAUUCCAGAACGUUUAAUUGUGCUCAUGAGGAACCUGCACUUAGACUAAGAGGCAGCCGUUCAGACAAAAGAAGGGGAUACUGCGUGGUUUAAAGUGAGGAAGGGUGUGUGUCAGGGUUGUAUCCUUUCACCGUACUUAUUCAAUCUGUAUGCUGAGCAGAUAACCCAAGAAGCUGGAUUAUAUGAAGAAGAAUGGGGCAUUAGGGUUGGAGGAGGACUUCGUAACCUAUAAUAUGCAGAUGACGCAACCUUGCUUGCUGAAAGUGAAGAGGACUUGAAACAGUUACUGCUGGAGAUCAAAGACUGCAGCCUUCAGUAUGGGUUAUACCUCAACAUAAAGAACACAAAAAUCCUCACUCACAACUGGACCAGUAAACAACAUCAUGAUAAACAACAAAGACUGAAGUUGCUAAGGAUUUCUUUUUACUUGGAUCCAUAAUCAACACCAAUGGAAGCAGCAGUCAAGAGAUCAAACGAUGUAUUGCAUUGAGCAAAUCUGCUGCAAAAGAGCUCUUUAAAGUGUUGAAAAGCAAAGAUUUUGAGGACUAAGGUGUUCCUGACCCAAGCCACAGUGUUUUCAAUCUCCUUACAUGCAUGUGAAAGCUAGACAACGAAUAAGGAAGACCAAAGAAGAAUUGGUGCCUUUGAAUUAUGGUGUUGGUGAAGUGUAUUGAAUAUACCAUGGACUGCCAGAAGAACAAACAAAUCUGUCUUGGAAGAAGUACAGCCAUUGGAAGCAAGGAUGGCGAGACUUGGUCUCACAUACUUUGGACAUGUUAUCAGGAGGGAUCAGUCCCUGGGGAAGGACAUCAUGCUUGGCAAAGUACAGGGUCAGCGGAAAAGAGGAAGACCCUCAAUGAGGUGGAUUGACACAGUGGCUGCAACAAUGGGCGGAAGCAUAACGAUUAUGAGCGUUGUGUGGUACUGCGUUUUCUGAAGUUUCAUCCAAAUAGGAAUAAGGCCUCAGAAGAAAUACUUCAGCACCUCCAGAACAUAGUGGACUUCAGCAAAAAUGUCAUGAAGCAGUUCUUUGGGGAGAACUAUGUUCACUCUGGGGAAGUUGUUCAGCUGCCUUUAGAUUUUGUGAAACAGCUUUGUUUAAAGAUACAGUCCGAAAGACCAGAAUCUCGCUGUGACAAGGACCUGGACACUCUCAGUGGUUAUGCUAUGUGCCUUCCUAACUUGACCAGACUUCAGACCUACCACUUUGUGGAGCACCGACCGAUUCUGUGUGUAGAGAUUAAGCCAAAAUGUGGCUUUAUUCCUUUCUCCAGCGAUGUCACACAGGAGCUGAAGCGUAAGGUGUGCCGCUACUGCAUGCAUCAGCACCUCAAGGUAGCAACUGGAAAGUGGAAGCAGAUAAGUAAAUACUGCCCCCUUGAUCUCUACUCAGGAAAUAAACAAAGAAUGCACUUUGCCUUGAAAAGUUUGUUACAGGAGGCACAGAACAACUUAAAGAUAUUCAAGAACGGUGAAUUAAUCUAUGGCGGCAAGGAAGCACGGGACUCGGUGGCUGACUGGAGUGAGCUUGCGUACCACCUGAAGCCUUUCUUCUUCCCUUCCAAUGGCCUGGCCAGCGGGCCACACUGCACGAGGGCUGUCAUCCGGGAGCUGGUACACGUCCUCACACGGGUGCUACUGACUAGCACUGACAAGAGCCGGCUGGGCACCUGGAGAGCUGUGCCCAACACACAGGGUCCUCGAGCCUGUGAAGCCAGCCCCUUCAGCAGGCAGCUGCGCUGUCAAGGAAAAAACCCCCCGGAGCACUCAGGGUUACCGAAGGGCUGUCUUCUGUACAAAACCCUCCAGGUGCAGAUGUUGGACAUGCUGGACAUCGACGGCCUCUACCCUCUGUACAGCCGGGUGGAGCGGUACCUGCAGGACUUCCCUGAGCAGAGAAAAACAUUACAAAUAGAUGGGCCUUACAAUGAAUCGUUUUAUCAGAAGUUGCUUGAUCUUUCUACUGAAGAUGACGGGACGCUGGCUUAUGCGUUAACAAAGGUGCAGCAGUACCGUGUGGCCAUGACUGCCAAGGACUGCUCCAUCAUGAUCACCCUCUCCCCUUGUCUGCAGGAUGAAAGCCCUGGUCAAAGAGCUGUCGUCCCUUCAUCGAAGUCCCGCCUUGCCUUCUCGGUGUCUGUGCUGGACCUUGACCUCAAGCCCUACGAGAGCAUUCCUCACCAGUACACGCUGGAUGGCAAGAUUGUCAGCUACUACUUGAAGGCUGUGCGCGCCAAGGAUGCCGCUGCCGUACCGCCCAGAUUCACAGGAAAUGAGGAUUGCACACUAGUUCUGCACAAAGUCUAACUUUUCUCCUGCAGUGUCUUUGGAACUCAAACGUAGAAUGUGAAGGCUAAUGAUAGAGCUGUUUUCUGUUGUGUUGGGUGACUUUUGGCUGUGAAUGUUUUUGUUUAACCUUUGUUGAAGUGUGGCUGCCUCUCACAGACAUGGAAUUGAAUAGCACUAGAAAUGUCUUCCAGGAGAAGGAAUGUAUUGAUGUGAGUCCUGCAGUGUGCUAUUUCCCAGGAAUGCCUUUCACGUUCUUAAAACAAGCUUCUAUAAAAGCGCCGUGAAGACAUUCUGGGUAGUUCUUCAUUCUCAACCAGGCUCACGUUGUCUAAUGCACAAAGCCUUAUUACUGAAACCCAAGAUUUGGGUCUCCUGCCACCAUACGCCUAACAUGGAAAGCUUGAGUCAUCCCAUGCAUCUUAGAGCUGGAUGUUUAAGAACACAUGGAUACUACUGGAACUUCUCUUCAGCCAAGUCACAUGGUGGUUUUUUGAGUGCGAGCCACCCAUUGCUGCAGAGCGAGUGUGCCAGCUGGGGCGUCGGCAUGAGCGGGCCAGACUCAGGAUCCCUGUGGAGUUGGGGUUGGAGUCACGUAUUGGCGGCCUGGGCCAGCAGGGAGUGCAGCGACUCUCACUGAGGGCCACCCCUCUGUCAAGCAGUUGCACCGUGUUGGCUGAACAGUUCCCUCUUUAAUGUCAGGGAGGGCAACGGUAUAUUCUUUCCCACCUGAAAUUGCUGCUGUAGGAAGUGGGAGCAGAGAUGUAACUGGGUAGAGCUGCUGGGGGCCGGCUGGGCCGGCAUCCGGGGCAGGCUGCUGACAUGUUUGUCUUUCUGGGCAUUCUGAUGUGUUUCAUUUACCCGCUCUGGUUUCUUUGUGGGCCUCUUUCUGUGCUGGGGCUGGUGGGCAGGUGAGUGCCCCUGGCAGUGGCCCAGAGGCCCUGCUGGUGGUCACCAGUGUGCACAGCUGCUGUGAAACCCUGUUGGGGUCUUGGUGUCAUUUUUUUUCUAUGGUUGGGUGUACAAAUUGAUUAUAUCAUCAUUUUGAGGGACUAACAAAGGCUUAUUGUAACAAAAUAUAUUAGUGAAACCAUGGGAUUAUAUGAAAAAUGAGGAAAAUAUUUUGCUGUUUGUAAAUUUUUGUGGGAAAUUUUGUGAUAACUUGAGAAUUACACUUGUUUGAACCAAGCCAGCUCUUCUAGAAUUUGUUGUUCAAUUCUGUCCUAGUAUUUACUUCUUUCUUCCUUCUUCUCUCAGAGGUGGAUGCUUUCACUGCUCUCUCCCUCAGGUCUCACAUCACACCUGGCUCUGGUGCACACAUGGUGUGCAGACUCCACCGGACAGGUGAGCAGCCUGCUCAGGCUCAGGGUGACACACAGCUCUGGAGAUACUGGAGUGUGAUGGUUAAUGUUUUGUGUCAGCUUGGCUAGGCUGUGAUUCUCAGUGGUGUGGCAGACACUGGACUGGGUGCUCUUCUGUAAUGUAAUAUAAUGUAGUCACCUUCUAUGAUGUGAUGUGGUCAGCCAGUUGAAAGGGAGGUUCCUUGGGGGUGUGGCCUGCCUUCGGUAUACAAUUAGAUACUUGGGCAAAACUUUCUCUGUCCCUCUCUCUCAACCUUGCACUCUCCCUGUUGCCUCACCUCUGGUUCUUGGGAUGUAAGCCUGCAGCUCUCCACCCUGCUGCCUGACCUGUAGAUUUUGGAUUUGCCAGCCCCUGCAACCCCAUAAGCCAACAGCAGAGGUCUCCAGCCUGCCACCUGAUCCAUGGAUUUGGGACUUGCCAGCCCCCACAAUUGUGAGCCAUUUCCUUGAAGUAGUUCUCUCUCUCUCUCUCUCUAUACAUAUAUUUCACUGGUUUUGCUCUUCUAGAGAACCCAGAUAAGACAUGGAGGGAAAGGGCUGUAGAUGUCUGCACUUGAAUGAGCCUUUGCUCCAUGUUUCGUUUGUGUUUUUUUAACCUGAGGUUGUCCAGGUUAUAGGCCUGGGCCGUGGGAGCACCUCAGGGUGGCCUGGCUGCUGCAGGCUGUGCAGAAAGGCCCUGUGCAGAGGUGGUGGGGUGUGCCCUUGAGCCUGGGGGUGGGCCACUUCCAUGUCCUCGCAGCAGCCUCCCACCAGGGCUGGGGAUGUCACCCCGCUGUCCGUGCAAGCAACUGCCUCACAGGGGCCCACUUCCUAGCAGGACUGAGCAGUAUUAAAACCUAUCCCCUCUCUUUUGGGGAAAAAGAGAAACUGAAACCUGCCCCCUCAAGGAGCUGCCUUGUCCCCUGCUGCAGGCCAUUUGCUGUGUGUGGGCGCACGGCCCUCCUGGGGCGCGCAUGUCCUGCUGGGUGGUCCUGACCCUCUGGCCAGCUGUGCUGCUCAGACUGCAGCUGGAGGGUUCCUCCCUCAUCUGUGAAGUUCCCGUGUUUGCAAACAGUACAUUUUUACUGGUUCUAACAACAUUUAAAUGGGUGGUGCAGGUGCUGGGGCAGUCACAAUUAUCACAGCACAUUCAAACCUAGGCCCUGUGAGGUGGGAGCAGGUGCCCCCUCUGGAGGAACAGCUGGGGAGGGAGGACACAGUGCUGUCUGCUGCCUCACUGGGUUGUGUUAAGGUUAGCAGUGCCACUUUGUGUGAAGACUAAGUGAAUGUCAGGGGAUCUGCUGAGGGGCGCUGUGAAUGCCCCAACUGCCACCUCCCAGCUGAAGAAAGCACGGAGGUGAGUGCAGCCCAGGCUGCCUGGGACAACCCAAGGCCUGAAGUGCCCAGCGUCUCCCCUUGGGAAGUGGAGAGAUGUUUUAAGAACGAGGCUAGGUCAGCAUGUUGCUCCCGUGCCCCACACCAUAGCUCCCAGGCUCGUGCUCACAAAACCUCUCCAGGCACAGUCACUCUUGGUCCACUGACUCUAAUUAAAAAUGUCAAGCUUAUUUAAAAAAAAAAAAAAUACACUAUACAUGUCACUUGUAUUUGGCAUUUUGUAUUUAAAUAGCUGUAU